AUGUCCUGGUACCGCAACGCCGUGUGGUUCGUGAAGGGGCUGCGGGAGUACACGAGGAGCGGCUAUGAGUCUGCUUCCAAGCAGUUCAAUCCAGCCGAUGUGGAGGUGAAUGUGACUGGAAGAUCCUUUCUGGUCACCGGUGCAAACAGUGGCAUUGGCAAGGCCACAGCCAAAGAGAUAGCGAGGAGAGGUGGCACGGUUCAUCUGGUUUGCCGAAAUAAGGAACGGGCUGAGGUCGCCAAAGGAGAAAUAGUGACUGAAACGGGCAAUCAGAAUAUCUUCUUGCAUAUUGUGGAUAUAUCUAAUCCCAAGGAAAUCUGGAAGUUUGCUGAAAAAUUCAAAAAUGAACAUAAAUUAAAUGUGUUGAUCAACAAUGCAGGAUGUAUGGUGAAUAACAGAGAAUUAACUGAAGAUGGGCUUGAAAAAAACUUUGCAACAAACACUUUGGGUACAUACAUUCUGACAACUGCCCUGCUGCCCCUCCUGGAAAAAGAAGCUGAUGCCAGAGUGAUAACUGUCUCUUCUGGGGGCAUGCUAGUUCAAAAAUUAAACGUAUCUGACUUGCAGUCGGGAAAUGGGACAUUUGAUGGAACUAUGGUGUAUGCACAAAACAAGGUACAGUCCAUGAGACAGCAAGUUGUCUUGACAGAACAAUGGGCAAAAGCUCACAGAAACAUCCAUUUCUCUGUUAUGCACCCCGGCUGGGCAGACACUCCAGCUGUGAGAUCGUCAAUGCCAGAUUUCUAUCAGAAGAUGAAGAAUACCCUGCGGACAGAGGCCCAGGGAGCUGAUACUGUUGUAUGGUUGGCAGUAUCAUCUGAAGCAACAAAGUUACCGAGCGGCUUGUUCUUCCAAGACAGGCAACCAGUCCCUACACACUUACCCCUGGCAAGCACCCACAGUCCACUGGAGGAUGAGGAGAAGCUAAUGGAGGUGCUGGAAGAGUUCUCCCAGAAGUUUAAAUCCACUUCUCUAGGAUCUUAGUGUCACUGCUGGCACAGCGUAACCACAAAGCUUCUAAUUACACAGUAACAGUGCUGUAGUGCGCCUGCUGUUGAGGGGAAGUAGGAUGCCAUAGGCCUGUUAAAAAUAAAUUGGGUUCAGGUGUUCUUAUCAUGGGGGAGAGUGGUGCCUGCAAGGCUUUUUUUCUGCGGCUGAGAGUCUCUCCCAUUGUGAAUAUGCACCUGCCAUCUCAAGACACAGUAAGGUUGUGUUCCUUGAAUUGGAAGAAAAAUUGGGAGGCAUUAAAAUAAAACCCAAGGCUUUGUGAAGUUACCCAAAAUAAUUUAAAAGACUCAGCAUAGAGAAAUGCAGAGGAGUGUACCUUCAGUAGCCCUCAUGAAGGACUCCAGGAAAGAAGUAGUAAAUGUUUUAAACAAUGUUUAACCACUGUAUUUGACAGGUUGGUGGCUUCCUUCACUGUGUGAGGGUGACUGGGCUCAAACCUAUAACUGGGAAUGCAGAAACUCUCUUGCAUCGCCUGUUUAGUUUAAGUGGAAGGAUUCCUCACGGCCUUCAGUUUCUAUAAAUCAAUGCUGGUAUGCAGAAGUGAUCUGCUUCCUCAUGUUUAAACAGCAGGAAUUUAGGAAUGCUGCCAAAUGCCUUCCACAUCACUUUAUGAAGCCAGGGCUGAAUAUUAUCCUGUUUAUGUCAAGACACCAUGAAGUAGGAGGUUUCAACACAUACCACACUCAGACACGGCUGGAUCCAGUGGAGAAAUGGCUGCAUGACUCUAAACAUGAAAAGAAAUAGCAUGCUAAGCUGUACGUGCUUGCCAUUUCUGUGAAAGAUCAAAGGGAAUUGCUUUAUCAUUAUGAAUGGAUUAAGAGGGGGAAGGGAACACUAGUGGGGCGCAAGUUUUAGAGGAGAAGUCCACCUCCCGAUGAGAAGGUUGUAUUUUGCCUGGAACUGUGUAUUUCCAGACACAGAGGAUGGGAUUCAUCUUACCUGACCUGUGGACAUUUGAAUUACUCAUUUGGAUUCUCAGUGUAAAUCAGCAAAGAGAAAACAGGCCUUUUCACAGUGAUUUACUGGAUCUAGUUUAAGAAACAACACCUACAUUCCUACAUCUUUCUGCUGACGGUGAAGAUGAUAAUCAGCUCAGACUAAGAGAUUCAGGUGGGAUUCAUUUUGUCUUAUAUCUUUCAGAUUUACUGCAAAGCCAAGACUAUUAAUAACAAUAGUGGUAACACGUUUUCUCCUGAAGUGAGUGUGUUUGAUAGCAAACUGCAUACAGAACCCAACCAAGUUGCACUACUGUUUUAUACAUGGCUGCGGACCAGUGUGGUAGGUCAAAAGACCUAGACACAAAUAUAACACAGGCGUUCUUGAGCUCUCUACAGUGACUAGUAGCUGAAGGCCAUGUUGAUGGGCAGAGGAGAACUCGUUAUGUCUGCUUUACAUAAUUUAGUUUCCCAAAAGAUAUCCUACUGGCUGAUGGCAUUUACUCGUUAUUCAAAGACAUCCUAUUAAGUACCAGAAAAAAACCCUUCUUUUUUCAGCCUAUUGUCAGUCUCCUUGGAAAUAAAGGCUUUACCGUCAGAGAGGCCCUGAAAUAAGUAAGUUUUCCCAUGAUAAGCAGUGCUGAGACAAGUCAGGCUGUCGCAGCUCUUCCUGAAGAGGCUGGAUCAGCAUUCAAACUAUUGCUUCAUUUUAGAAACCUAACUCCUCGCACUACAGUGAAAGAAAACAACAGCAAGGCUUGUACAGACGUUUAUUUCCUAGAAGUCUGGUAUUAACAUUUUACAUGGUUCAAACUGUUAAAUACAGUUACUGAAAAGAAGAGCAUGGCUGGAAGCAUAUACAGUAACUACAUUUCUCAACCCAGUAGCUGCAAGGCUAACAAAAACAUUCGCAUACUUGAGUAUUUAAGUCAAGUUGCUUCUCAGCUCUGCAGUAUAGAAGAAAAGCUUAAUGACUGGUAUUUAAAUUGUUCAUAAAAAUAACCAAAAGUGCACAAUAUGUAUAUAUAACCUAUAUUUUAGUCCACAUUCUGUACUGGUGUAUUGAAUAGCCUAUAUGUUUCUUUUUAGUCACAGCUUAAAAAUGAAGCCAAAGGUAUGAAAACUGCUUUAAUCAAAGUUUGGUCACAGUGUAAAAGAGCCAGAUACUAUGGUUUAAGAGCACUUGUGAUUUAAAAAGAAUUAAAACACAGGACAGCAAUUAGAAACAAAAUGCAGAGUCUCCCACACUUUGGUAUUACAGUCCCGAUGAUGCUUUAUUUCAGGCCUUUUCCACAAGAGCAAACGCAGCAUGUGGCUGUAAAGCCAGCGAGACGCCUUGUCCUAAUGCAGUUCAGAAUGACUUGUAUCUGCAUGUAAGCAAAUACAUUUAGUGCCACCUAUAAAAUUUUAGGUGCAAGAGAAAAAUGGCAUCCAGUGACAGAUUACCAGAAAUAGAAGGUGGUGCAAAUUCUUGCUAAGCAGCGCGCGCUGAGGACUCUGGUACACACCUGGCUUACAGGAGCCGAACGACACGCACAGCGGCUGUUCUUCCUGCCCUUCCCUUUCCACGCUCAGCCCAACGCUUCUUGUGUCAGCUUUCAGGCUUAUAUGACACUGACCUCAGUUGUUUAAUUAUUCACAUUCUGAAGGCUUUCACAUUUUUCUUCAUUUUGUGAAGUCACCUAGUCAGAAGGUUUUUGCUCUCGGGGAUUUUGCACAAAAAGAGGAGCGUAGCACCACAGACCACAUGUAGAGUCAUUUCCCCGUGUCCUAAUGGAAAGGCACGGCCCAUCAACAGUGCAGCGGGACCGACUGCAGUGAUGCAGGAGCCACUGAAACAUUUCUCUGUCUUGGGUGAAAAUUUUAGGACGUCAAUGUAACAGCUAUCAGAAAAUUUUGUAAACGGCAUUUCCUCUUCUCCUAAGUUUCAUUGCUGGGCCAUGUUUAUUCUUUGUAAAAAACCCAAAACAAUCUGUGGUUGAUUAAAGGUAUAA